AUGCAGAUGCCAGUCCUUGUUAAUGGAUCUCCAGCAAGUUCAUUUCCUACUUAUAGAGGGCUACCACAAGGUGAUCAUUUAUCUCCUUUAUUAUUCAUACUGGUUAUGGAAGCGUUAGGGAGUUCGUUAUCUAGAGCGGUACAGGGAGGUCUGUUGCAGGGGUUUGCGGUGGGGGUGGAUCUAACAGUUCUGACAGUUUCCCAUUUGUUUUAUGUGAAUGAUGCGCUCAUUUUUUGUGGUGUAGAUGUUGAUCAGAUUGGUUACUUGAGAUUUGUGUUCUUGUGCUUUGAGGUAGUUUUAGUACUUCGAGUGAACCUAGCAAAGUCAGAACUGAUUCUAGUGGGAAAGGUGGCAAGGAUCCCAGUGUUGGAAGCUAUUCUAGGGUGCAAGGUGGCGUCUCUGCCAGUUUCAUAUUUGGGUUUACCUUUUGGGGCGUCUUUUAAGGCCAAGUGGGUGUGGAAGGAAGUGAUGGAACGUAUGCAGUGGCGGUUGACAAGAUGGAAACAACAAUAUUUAUCAAAAGGCAGUAGACUUUUGUUAAUUAAGAGUGUUCUAUCCAGUAUUCCGACUUACUUAUGCUUGUCCAUGUGA